GAGCUACUCAAGAAACGCUAACAGAUGGACAAGUCUUGUCCCUGGGGAGUCUGUUGUUGUCACUCCAUCCUUCUGAGAUCUCUCGAAUCCCACCGGAAACCCUGGAAACGGCAUUAAAUACUUUGAAGAUGAGUGGCUAUGGUGAUGAACUCUGUUUCGACUUGGAAAUGAGUGAUUCGAUUCGGAAACAAUUACAAAAAGUACACGGAAUGACCACUACUGGAGUUCGAUGUCUAGGAUGUUUCCUGAUGACUAUGAAUGAACAAGAGUUGUCGCAGAUCCCGGAUAAUGUUCUUGCUGACCUCUCCAAAGAUCUGAGCAGCUGUUGGAACGACAUGAUGAAAAUGUCAGAGUCUACGAAGAUGGGUUUGUGCAUGGCCGAAAUUACCGAGGAUGAACGCAACACCCUCAUGAACCAGAAGAAAAGAUUAUGGAAGCGAGUUAACCAAGCUAAGCAAAAGGUAGCAGAAGACUUCCUGAAAGAACAGACUUCUGAUUAUCGGAGUAAACGAGAAACUUCUCGACUUACUUGCUCCGUUAUAGAAGCAACAGGCUCGGUUGCAGGCUUCUCUGUAGCUGAAUUACAAACGUUGUCCGAGAACGAGGUUCAAAUGUGUUUAUAUCUCUUAGGCAAGGACGAACUCGAAGAAAAACAGAUUGAGGUGUUAUGGCCAAAGGUUAAAAUGGCCUAUGGUAGUGUAAGUAAUUUAACCGAAGACGAAAUUCUUCUCCUUGGCUACCUCACGAAAGGUUUUUCAGAAACGGAUAUCAACGAACUUCCACUUACAGCGUCAUCUAUAGAGGAAUUUGGCAAAUACUGGGAUUUGAGUGAAUCGCAGCUCAAAUGUCUUGCUAACAAAACGAAACAAACUCUUGGCCGUUACCUUAGCAACUACGUAUCGACCCAGCUCGCCAGUCUUGGACAUAUAUUAUGUGGAAUGAGCCAAGAAGACAUAAACUCCAUUAAUGACAGCGUGUUUAGGGAGAGUAUCAAUGCCCUGGGCCAAUUACAGGAAUGUCCAUCUGAAGUGAUGCAGACUCUAGCUAAUAAAGCUACAAAGACAACGGUAUACGGUUCACCAAAUGAAUGGAGCUCAGCUAUUGUGUAUUCUUUAGGUGGAUUAAUAGCUGGCCUUUCGGCUGAUGAAUUGAAGAAGAUUCCAGCAGAGAGCAUGAAAGGUGUCACCCCUCAAGCUGUGUCAGUUUUAGAGCCGGGGGUCAUGAAGGUACUGACAACCCCUCAGCUUAAUCAUCUCAGUUACGACAGUUUAGCAGCCAUCACGUCUGACCAAUUGAAACAGUUGUCACCCGAACAGCAAGAGGCUAUUUACAGUGCACGUUACAGGAGCAGUGACCAACAGGAUAACGGUCAUAACGAACUUGCUGGAACCCUACCACUCGUCAUCUGUGCCGUCCUGGUGGUUUAUUACAAAACUAAUAUAGCCUGAGAUUAAGAACAAAAAUCUCAUCAAACCAAGCUUAACUUUCACAUGGCACGUUACAAUAGAAACCUUUGUGUUGUAAUGGCUUUAUAUAUUACUGACUGUACAAUAUAUUUUUCUAAUGAAGCAGAUAUAUAUAUAUAUUAGCUCUCUCUCUCUCACACACACACACACACGUAAACUGACAAUGUUAAAUGAAGCACCCAACACCCGAAGAUAAUGCUGCUGUCUCUGUUUGGAUAUCAUUCCCAAGAUAAGCAGAGCAGGCACGCUGUUAUUCAGAAUUAACCAGUUAAUCUUGUAAUAAAAAACGGAAGUCGCCGAGAUAUAUUUCGAUUACGACGUUUCGUCACUGUGACAGACAAUAAACAAGGUCUGAAAUUGAUUAGGUAGUUAGAAAGGCUUUAUUAUACGAAUUAUUAUCUAAUUCACCAUACACUUGCAUUCUAGUUCGAUGGUUAAAAUUCACACGUUGUUUAAUCUGCUAUUGUUAAAGAAUAGUUUCAAAUUUUAAUAUUUUUCUUCAUAUAAUGUAUUAAAAUUUCUUAAUAUAUUUAUUGUGCUGCCAUCUAGUGAUAGGAACUACGAAUAUAGUAUCCGUUGAAUGAGGGACUUUCUGGAGUAAUUGUCUUUCCAAUUUCAGAAAUAGAUAAUGAUAAUUAGCUUGAAUACUGUGAGCAUAACUUUUCGUUGUAAAACCAUUUUAUUGAUAUUAUAUCUACAGAGCUUUCGUUGAAUAAACGUAUUCAAGAUCAGAAAAAGUGAGAUGGCUUUUUAUUUAACCCAUACUUUUCAACACAGAUAUGCUGAAUCUAACAAAAUAUAGCAUGUGUCAUUUCUGUUAAUCCGUAUAGCUUAUAAAAGAAUUGUUAUUCAAUAACCACGCCCUUUAAAUAAUUUAGUUGCCAUAGUAAUAUGAAGUACUUUGUAUCUAAGGGAACAAUAAUACAUGGAGUAAAAAAUAUUGUCAUUUUCUCAUAUCCUAGAAGUACAUUUUUAUAUGUAAUAUUGUAGUUUAUUCUAAAAGCGUCAUGGCAAGAACUGAAAGAUUGUUUUUUUUUUUAUAAAAUGUUGAUUUCUUCUAUAUUGACUCUUUGAGGCAAUAAAUGAACCCAUUAAUUUCUUGACCACAACAAUAUAAAGUAGUUAUCACAGUACCAAAAUUGUCUUAUUUUCCUCUUAAACACCAGACAAUCAUUAA